AAGUGAAUGCAAUAUAAACUACAUAUACAAAUAAUUCAAUUCCAUUCAAUAGUUCAAUUAUAUUGGUAGCUAUGCCAACCCAUAAAACUCCACAAGCCUCAGGUUUCACUGGCCACCAUGAAAGACCAUUUCACGGCCACGCACUCCUUGGCAGAGGAAGGCUUGCGGAAAUAUUGUUAUGGAGAGACAAGAAACUGUCGGCAGCGAUUGUGGGUGGUUUCUCGUUCGUUUGGUUUCUGUUUGAAGUGGUGGAAUACAAUCUUGUUCCUCUUCUCUGUCACAUUCUCAUUGCCAUUAUGCUCAUCCUCUUUGUUUGGUAUAAUGCAGCUGGACUAAUCACUUGGAACAUUCCCGAAAUCUAUUAUUUUGAAAUUCCAGAAUCCACCUUUGCAUACUUGUAUAACAAACUCAACUGGUUCUUGAUGAAGUUUUAUGAUAUUUCAACCGGGAAAGACUUGACACUCUUCUUUCUGACAAUUUCCGGCCUCUGGAUCGUUUCAGCAAUUGGAAAUCUUUUCAACACUUUAAAUUUGAUAUACUUAUUGUUUGUGUGCAUGAUGAGUCUUCCCGCUAUGUAUGAGAGAUAUGAAGAGGAAGUGAAUUAUCUUGCAUUCAGAGGAAACCAAGAUGUGAGAAGAUUGUUCAGGACUUUGGAUUCUAAAUUCCUUAACAAAAUUCCAAGAGGACCUGUCAAACCAAAGUACAAGUAAUUUGGACCAGCCAAAUGCGUUUUAAAAAAAAAAAAAAAACUGUAUACUUAAUUAUUUACUGCUUUUACUAUAUGCGUUCUCUUAAUGUUUUCAUCAAUGUGCUUCAACCAUAAUUUAAUUCUCAAUGUAAAUGCAAGAUCAAAUUGAGUUUGAUUUGAGCAAGAGUUGAGUUUGCAACAGCAAAUCUCUAUGAAGAUGAUACAUGGAGUAAUUGAAGUUUCACAUGAUAUAUACCAUAAAAGAAAGAUUCUUAAACUAGAUUAGGCAUGUUAAGUUACCUGGUUGGCGGUUGCCUGCAUCUAUUGUUCAAGUGAGUGAAUGCCAAGAAGCAAAGCAAAAAUAGAUUCUGUA